UGACACACAUGGAUACAGAUACCUGCUGCUGCCCGAUGGUGAGAGAAGAAAGCAAGACCUUCUGAAGACGUCCUUAUAAAAGUGGACCACAGAAUGUCUUCCCUGUCCUUGUCUCUUCCUUCGCUGCACACCCCCAUGGUGGCUGUCCUUCACAAGGUCCUCCCCUCACUACCCCUUACAGGACGAGACGUGGAUGUUCCCCUUGUGUACAGAGAACCCUUCGUGCUGUCAGGGUACCGGCCUGUGGGUCUGCCCUGGAGAUGCUAUGUCCUCAGCCUGUUUCAGUUGCACAAGGACACGGUGAAGGUUUGGUGCCCUCUACUGGCUGCAGUGACUGUGGCAACGCUGUUCAUGUUCUUCAUGGUUCUCCAAGGAGGGGGCUUGCUGGGGGUGCGGCUGCAGACUCCUGAGGGCAUGGGUAUGUCCUUAGACCCCAGCUCUCUGCCUCUGCUGCUAUAUGUCCUGUCUGUGAUCUUCUUCCUCAGCUGCAGUUCGGCCUCUCUCCUUCUCCAUCCCUGCUCUAGUUCUGUGCGCUCUUCCCUGAUAAUCCUGGACUCUGUAGGGCGGGGAGUGCAUCAGGCUGGGCGUGCUCUGGCCCUGAGUUUGUACGCCUCUGAUGCUGCCUGGACAGAGAGCGUUGUGGGUCAGCUCUACCUUCCCGCUGCUGCUGUCCUGGCCUUUUUAUCUUGCACCAUCGGCUGCUGUGUGGAGCUCUACCCACACCGUCCCAACCUCAUCCACCUCAGGCUGCUGCAGGGAGGGCCUGUGCUUCUGGCCUUCCUCCUGGACAUCAGCCCUGUGGCCCGGCGCCUCUAUGCCUGCCCUUGGAACAGCCACACUGCUGUACUUCUGCAUGGCCUACAGAUGGUGCUGUUUCUGCUUUCUACCUUGUUCUUCUCCUGUCCUGUGCCUGAGUGCCUGUCCCCGGGUGCUUUUGACAUCCUGGGUCACAGUCGUCAGCUCUUCCAGGUGCUGCAGACUCUGUCCACUGUGUGCCAGCUGGAGGCGCUGUUGCAGGACUUCUCAUGGCGGCGGGCAGGCCUGGUCAGGAGGGUUGGAGAGGAGAACUUGUUAUGGUCCUGCGGUGGAUUCACUGUGGUCACUCUGAGCUGCACCCUCACUGCCCUGGCUCUGAGGCGUUGCAGUGUGUCCAGAUAA